AUGAUUGUCAUGAUGUUGCUGGAGCACGUGAUUGCAUGUUUCUGGUUUGGGCUCGGCAGAAUGGAGUCCUCAUCGGGCACAUGGCUCACACAUUCGGCAGUCGCUGACGGCUCCUUCGCGAAUCAGUAUACUUACAGCCUUCGUUGGGCACUGGGACAGCUGGGUAUUGGAUCCACCGAGAUUGAGGCUCUCACGGAAGCGGAAGGCUACUACUCUAUCGCCGUGGCCUUUGUGUCCAUCAUCAUCUUUGCCACCGUGCUUAGUUCCAUGACUUCGCUGGUCUCUGCCCUACACAGCCGAAGGACGGAGGAGAUGAGACAGUUCGGUCUGCUAAAGCGCUUCCUUCGUCAGAACCGAAUUCCGAAAAGCUUGAUCCAGCCGUUGCGAGUAAAAGUGCUAAAUUCGAAUUGCGGUGCGUCCAUGGAUGGUCAUUUGUGUGGGGCGACAGAUGCCGGGACCUCUGGCCUGCUGAAUGGAGUUCCGCAGGGCUCUGGAGGGACGGAGAAUGCCAACCUUGCUGUGGAAGCUGGAGAGAGAGGAGGGAGCCAACAGGCUAAUGGACCCUCUGUGCCGGUGGCAGGGUUUGAAGCGCAGUCCCAGCCGGGGACAGUGGAGCCCGCAUCUACGCUGGAGCAGGGUGGGCGAUCGAACGCCCAUGCGAUUCCUGAUGUAGGCGGUAGACCAGCUCUGGCAACUGGGAAUGCGUCGAGGCAGUCGGUUACAUCAAAUGAUUUUCUCACGCCGCGAUCGGUGGCAACAGUACAGGGCCAGCCUAACUGGCUCGGGUGGACAUGCGUUUACCUUGCGGUCACCUGUGAGACAGAGGCCGCUCAUGAGACCAACGACACCACCAAGCAGCUAGAUGAUGCCGAGUUCCGGAACGAGCAGCUGAUGAGGGAUCUACAAGCCGCGAGGGUUGAGGCAGAGGACGGCUAUCGGGCUCCGGAGGGUUCUUGGGUGAUCCACUUCCCGUACCAGAGGGUCUUGGAGGGCUACUCAGUGCUCCGCUACCACUGCCAGGACUCCCUGAAGCAGACCGAGUUCGAGGGAGACAGCAGGAUCCACAACCACAAGCUCCGCCGGCCUCAGCACCGACGAUCUGAAACACCACCGCCUCCAGGGGAGCGGUCACAAUCUGAGUCCCCAAUGCUGGAAACCAUCGCUAAGGGCAUGAAGCAGCUACAGGAACUACAAGCCCAGGCUAUGUCUAGGACGUCAGCUACGGCAAGUGAGACGGUGAAACCAGGAACCCUAGCGCUGGCAGAGCUUCCGGAUGUUCAUGGAGGCGCGCAGUCGGCGUUGCUGUUUCAGGAUUGGAUUGAAGUGUCGUGUUCUGUGAUGGCAGAUGUUUCAGAGCAGUCUGGAGCGUGGUGGAAGUCUGUAAUGCUGCUGGUAGAGAGUGCCUAUGUGCGGUGGCUGAAUGCCACUCCCUUGGAGCGAUUGGCCAUCGGUCCAGAGGGAACAGAGGACCUGGUGACCAACAGGUGGACACGCCUCAAUGCACGGGUGACUUCAAUGUUACUGUCAGCUAUGACCUCAGAGCUGAAAGCAGACAUGCUGUCGCAGAGGAUUAGCCAGAAUGCGCCGAAGAUGGUUUUCAGGUUGUUUACUUGGUUUCAGCCAGGAGGGUCAGCAGAGCGGCAAGAAGUGUUAAGGAGAUUGCAAACACCGCAGGACUAUGUGGUGGGCGAGGGAGUUCAGGACGCCCUGAAGGAGAUCCGUGGAUGGCCGAGGUGGCUUGCAAGAUGCUCAAACAUGGGAAUGGUCCCACCGGACCCUUCGGUUAUGGCAAGGGGACUACAUAGUGUUUCUCAGAAGCAUAUCGCUGCCUCACAGGACUCGGCGUUCAGGACGGCGAUGUUGCGGACAGCACUUCGUCUGGACGGGCAACCGUCCUUGGAGCAGGUGCGAUCGUACCAGCGACACUUGCAGGCCGAGCUUGAGAAUUUGGCGGCCGCUCACUCAUCGUCUACAACGGCAAUUCCUCAUGCAAGGGCGGUGGAAGGACCUUCGACGCCAACGUCACCUACUACCGGAAAGGGCGGAGGCAAGCAGAAGGAUAAGAGUGGAGAGCUCUGCAGAUACUUCGCGAAGGCCUCGGGAUGCAAGAGAGGCGAUCGUUGUACAUACUCGCACAGUAUGCAGCUGAUGGAUCGUGACUUACGUUCCCGCAAGUGUCUGAGAUGUGGCAGUGAAGCUCACCGGGCCAAGGACUGCGUUGUGGGCAAGAGUACACCAAAGGGGGCCCCAACAACCCCGCCAGCGAAGCAAGGAGACAAAGGAGGGGGAAGGGAUCCUGGUGUGUCCUCGGUGAGCACGGCGUCCUCAACACUCAACGGCGCAGAGGUACCAGUCCAGGGCGUUCAAUGGACAAUGGAAACCCUUAUGCAGGCAGCCCAGCAGGUGAUCCAGAACCAAGCCUCAACUUCGCCUUCGGGAGAUUCGUCACCUGAGAAGACUAAGCCGCAGCUACGGGUAUUGGCUAUACGGGACAUUAGGGUGUCCUCAAUGAACGACACAACCUCGGCACUUCUGGACUCGGGCGCUACGCACUGCCUACGAAGUGCAGUCGAUGAUCGAGAAUGGCAGGAGGCGGAAGAGGUCCUUGUGAAGCUAGCAGCCGAUAGGACGUUAGGGUACACUCUAACAUGGUCGCCGCAGGGAUGUAAGUUGCGAGAUGAGUUUGGUGUGGAGCGCAACCUGAAGGUCUCGGGUGGAUGCCCCCUACUACAAGAAACGGAGGCCCUCGCAAUGAUCUCGAGGCUCGAAGACAAGAAGAGAGAGAUGUUGGAGAACCAUACCACGGUGACCAUGGAUGCGGUGGCUUUGGCGGCGAUGAGACUGGAGUUGUCAUGGAGGGAUCAUUUGGAGCAGUACGUCAAGGACGGGUCAAUGGAGGCAGGUCUGCGAGCGCUACGGGAUGUUCCAUUCCUACAGGAUAUGCCGGGUGAGUGUGUAGAUGGCCUGGUUCAAACGGGUCUUCACAAGAAGGGCUGGAAGGUGAUGAAGGAGGUGGACUUCCUUACGCGUCCUCAGAAGAGGUAUUUGUUUGGAGCGAAGAAAUGGAUCGUCCAUGUAUGCGCGGGCAAUCCUGGACACUAUCAGUUCUUCCAGCUCGAUGAUGGCCAUACUGCUGUGUUGGAGAUAGACCUCGACCGCAACCGAGGCCAGGACCUGAUGAAGAGCUCUACGUGGCGACUGCUUCUAUGGGGGGCGGUCACGGGAAGAAUAGACUCUCUCAUAGGAGGACCCCCAGGUCGAUGUGCUUCCUUCAACCAUAUCGACAAGUACGGCGACAAGGACCUCAGGAGUUUGACCGUGAUUACAAGAAUGCUUUGGUUGUACACAGUAGCUACGGCCUCCCGCAUGGCAUGUUCAGGGGAGGUACAGCAGCAGCAUCAUGGUCGUCCAGUGGGCUUUGUUUUGGAGCAUCCCGCGGAGGAGAUCCGAGCUGAGCGGUCCUUGUGGAGAACGCCACUAUGGGAGACCUUCCAAGAGGAGAUGGGGAUGUCCAAGGUUACGUUUGACCAGCAAUGCAUGGGGGCAUCGAUGUCGUCCUUAACUACAAUGGGAACCAACAACUACUACUUGAUGGGACUGGAUGGUGUAGGUCGGGAUUUGGACCAGCCCACGGACAGCGGGGAACGACACCAAUGCAGCGGAGUUUGGUCGCCAGGGCUAGUGAAUGCGUUGGUGAUGGAGUUCGCGAAGGCCUACUCGGGACGGUCGCCCCCUGAAGACAAUGGUUUGCGAGAUCCACAAGAUGCGGAGCGCAACUACGAGGAGGAGGGUGAUGGCAAGGAGCUUGCAGGACCUUCUCUACUACCACCACGUGAAGAAGGGGAAGGCGAUCAGAACUUAGAAGUUAGUCAGGAUGGCGAGGAGCUUGCUAGACCUUCUCAACUACCACCACGUGAAGAAGGGGAUCCGUUUAGUUUCGUCGACGAUGAGCCAAGUGAGCAGGGUCCAGCACAAGAUGACGAAGAUGAGCUAAGUGAGCAAGGCCACCAGUCGUCGUAUGAUGAAGAGGUGGAUAAGGACCUCAUGGGCUUUGUUGGUGGGUCACAGGAACAAAAGCGCAGCUAUGAGGAAGAGGACUUGGACUAUGAGCCAUCGCUACCUGGAGAUGAUCCCCCUUGUGAGCUACCAGGUGAUCUUCCCAGGAGGAGUGCGCAGGUACCUUUUCCGGAUUGCGAGGCACCUGAAAUGACACACCUACUGUUUGCCCGUGCUCUACCAAACAAUCCCAAAGGCUCCAAAGCAUCGUCAUGGCCAAUACUUUCGUUUUGGGUGAGUGCUGGGCUAUUUCUGCCAAGCGGCGUUGCGUCUGGGGUCUAA